UGUCAGUGAGCAUUUUGUAAAAAAAUCUAAAAAAAUAAAGAUUUGUAAUUUGUAUUUGACUGUUUGACUUUGAUUGUAAGGUAAUGCAAGACAAAAACAGAUUUUUUAUAAAUUGAUAACAAAAAUAAUGUCUCGUCAUAUAACAGACGCAGCCAAAAAGUUUCUGUUAUUAGGUCAAUGUGUUCCAACCGUAAAACAAAAUGCCACAAAAAUACGCGUGAAGAGGUUAGAAUUGGAUGAAAAUUUACUCAUGUAUUUCAGAAAAGACGACUUCUAUUACUGUCAUGAUCCUGACAGGAAAUGUAAAACAGGUGAUAUAGUUCUAAUACAAGCUUUACCCAAGAAAAUCACCAAAUUAAUCACACAUGAAGUCAAAGAGGUUGUGUAUCCGUUUGGAGACAUUACUGAUCCAGUCACAGGCAAAAAAGUUGCCAAAGAGAGGUACCGUGAAGAUGUAGACAAGGAGGCAGAAAUAUAUGGAAAAUUACAAUCUAGUUUCGACUACACUAAAGCUCCGCCUAGAGGCUGGCAAGAUGGGAAGAAAGAUUUCACUUCGAAACCAACUUAUACAAAAUUCCAUGUAUUUGAUGAAAAUGAUCCAUAUGCUCUGUAAUGUAAUUAGUGUUCUAGUUGUAAAUAGUCAUUAAAAUGUAGUUAAUUUUA